AUGAGUUUGACCCAAGAACAAAAGAACAUCAUCACGGCUACAGUACCAGUGGUGGCCGAACAUGGUCUUACUGUUACGCAAACGUUCUAUCGAAAACUACUGACCGACUACCCCGACCUGAAGAACCUUUUCUCACAUUCUGCCCAGAUAACAUCCCACCAAGCUUCCGCGCUUGCGGCAUCGGUACACGCAUAUGCUGCAAACAUCAAUGAUCUGACGCCCAUCUUGCCUGUGGUCGAACGCAUAAACCAAAAGCACGCCAGUUUGAAUAUUACGCCAGAGCAAUACGAUAUAGUCGGAACAGGGCUAUUGGCAGCAUUCAAGGAAGUGCUUGGAGAUGUGUUCACCGACGAGGUUCGUGACGCGUGGGCGGCUGCCUAUAACCAGUUGGCACAGAUUAUGAUUAAAAGGGAAGAGUCAGUUAUGAGCGAACACGACAGCCAAGCCGGAGGUUGGCGAGGCUGGCGGGAGAUGAAGAUUGUAAGAAAGGUGUCUGAGAGCAGCGAGGUCAUGAGCUUCUAUCUCGUGCCAACAGAUGGUAAAGAGCUCCCAACCUUCAAACCUGGACAGUAUGUGAGCGUCCGCGUCAACGUCUCGGGUUUGGGCUACAAGCAAUGUCGCCAGUACAGUUUGUCCGAUGCGCCUCCAGGGUAUACUGCGCACGGACUCGCCAAUGGAGUACCACAGCACAACAGCCAUGCAUGCGAUAACAACUUCCGCAUCACUGUCAAGCGCGAUGCGGGUGUUGAUUUGGCAGAUCACAAUGCGCGACACCACCCAGGCUUCGUCAGCAACCUGCUACACAACAAGUACAAGGAAGGAGACACGAUCGAGAUCACCCAUCCAGCAGGCGAGUUUGUCCUCGAGUCAAAUGGAGUAGCAACGAAUCCAGUCGUUCUCAUCUCAGCUGGUGUCGGCAUCACACCCGUUAUGUCGAUGCUCAACAGCAUCACCGCAUCCGCAGCUGACGAUCGUCUGAUUUCGUGGAUCCAUGUUGCUAAAAACAAGAAUGUUGACCCAUUUGUUCACGACAUCAAGAAUAUUGCCUCACAGCACAAGGACUUACAUUGCAAAGUCUUUCAUUCUACUCCGCUUCCAGGUGAGCAUGAUGGUGAAGACUUUGACCUCAAAGGACGGCUGGAUUUGAGCUCGGUGGUCAACGAGCUUUAUCUCAAGGACAACAGCACAGACUACUACAUCUGUGGUCCUAAUCCCUUCAUGGCGGAGUGUGGCAGAUUCCUGAAAGAACACGAUGUACAGACAGGGAGAAUUCAUAUGGAAGUUUUCGGCUCAGGCGGUUACGAGCUGCUUGCAUAG